GCUUGCUACAGGACCUCUUAUCCUCUCCUCUCCUCAUCUCUGUUCUACAUCCUCAUCGCAGCCCAUCUCAUAAAUUUCCUUCCCGGGAGAGACCUGUCUGUACUCGUCCAAAACCUCCAAAGACAUCCCAGUCAUCACUGUCCAAUAUGGCAAUCUACUCUUCUGUUCCCCCACCAUCGCAGCAGCCCGCGGCACCUACAACCCCAGCUGCAGUGGACAUUGAAACCUGGGCCGUGUCUGCCUUGGAAUCUCUCAGCGUCUCCCCAUCUGCGCGCGACACAGGAGUCACCCUGUCAAUUCCCCUCGAUAGCCCGGACGGUUCCGAUGAUGCGGACAGAACACCUUCCAGACCCGCCUACAAGCCGCGCAAGGAGCCCUUGCGACGCGACAGCCUGAAGCGCAGAGAUGCGCUCUUGAAGGGCAAGGAAGGCAGUCGUCGCCGGCAACGAUGGGAAAAUGAUCGUCUUCUUCAUGUCCCGAACGUACAGCCUCCACUUCCCAGUGAUUGGGCGGUGCAUCCGACCUACCCCGUGCACACGGUCCCGUAUUACCUUGCUCCGCUCUGGGAAAAGGGCGUUCGUCACCGUGCGGAGGAAGCUGCCGCGGCAAAGAAGAGGGAAUUGGAGAAGCGCAAUGGUAUACAGGGACAGAAGGGGCGGAUUCCCCAGGAUUUGAGACAGAAGCUGAAGAAGAGUAAGGGGGCCAAGACCCUCUUACAGGAUUUGGAGGAGGAGGUGAGGAAUUUUGUGAGAGAGUGGGAGAGGAAACAGAGUCUAGAGAAUGGAAAUGAUGAACCGGAAAUUGACAGUGAGGAUGAGGAGAUCGUGUUUGUGGGAAGGAAUGGCACGAUGAGCGAUGAGCAGCGCAAGACUGUAGAAGAGGAGCUUGAGAGAGAAAAGCUGGUGUUUGAUUCGUUGGCCGACGAUCACGGAGCCAGUUUUGGACGCUGGCUCGUUCAUUCCAUUGCAGCUUACUAUGGUCUCACCUCCCGCUCUGUCACCGUUGGAAAUCCCGCGAGAAGGGAGGCAUAUGUUGGCAUCAAAGAGAUCAAAACGGGCGGAGGUCUCCCUGUUGCCCAGACAGAGCUGCCACGGCCUUUGUGGGGCAUGAUCUGAAUCAGGUGUGCUCUGGCUAUCGGUGCCUAUUAGGCUUGCCGUACAAACUUCUCUUUCACCUUAUUGUGUUUGAUACAUAUCUUUGGCUUUCAUUUUACUAUUAUUGUGUUUUCUACUUUUGGGUUAUGGACCCUUCGAACGAGGUAUAAGAGGGUACCUUAGGCCAUGCAAUGCAUAGGUUCUCUAGAUCAUAGGCCCUAACAUAUGUUGCUGUUCUGCACUCCGCGAGAUCACCUUGGCCUUGUUAAUUAUGUAUUAUCCAUCCAAUGCCUGGGGGACUGUCGUGGCUAAAGUCAGUAUCUAAGGAUCUGCUAUAAAAGACUCAAGCUGUCGACGAUGAGGGAAAUGCGUAACUUGACACAUGUAGCUGGCAGUUGCUGCUGUCACUCGAUAUUGGCAAGACUUCUAAAUGAACCUGUUGAGGACUUAUUCCUGCUUUUAAUGUAAUAUUCAUACAAGAAC